CUAUAAAAUAUAAUACUAUUUUUCCUAAGUAUCUCUCACUCAGUAUUUAUUAUUUGAAUAUAUUUAAUAUUAAAUCUGUAAAUUUAAGUAAAAUAAUCAACCAAAAUGACACAGAUAAAAUUUUGAUUAUUUUAAAGGAAGGAAACUGAAAACUUUGAAACUUCAUUGAAAAUCAAAAGUUGAUAUCAAAAUUUUAGUUUCUUUGUGUGAAUUCAAUUCUUCUUUCAUCUCCAAAUCUCCAGUAUCGAAAUUUAUGGAUUUUAAAAGAAUAUAUAAAAUUUAUGUGGCUUUGUUGAAGUAAAAAAUUUACACGAGAUUUUAGAAAAAUUAUUUAAACAUUUUUAUAUCAAAGGAUAGAAAAAAAAAAUUGCGAUGGCUAGAGACUAUGAUUACUUGUUCAAGUUAUUAAUCAUCGGUGAUAGUGGUGUUGGAAAAUCUUCGCUUCUCAUUCGUUUUUCUGAUAAUACAUUUUCUGGAAGUUACAUAACAACAAUCGGAGUUGAUUUUAAAAUUCGAACAGUGACAAUAGAUGGUUUAAGAGUAAAAUUACAAAUCUGGGACACUGCAGGACAGGAACGUUUCAGAACAAUUACAAGUACAUAUUAUCGUGGAACACAUGGGGUAAUUGUCGUUUACAGUGUAACUGAUGGACAAUCCUUUGCAAAUGUUCGAAGAUGGUUACAAGAAAUAGAACAUAAUUGUGAUGUUGUCAAUAAAGUUUUAGUUGGUAAUCAAAACGAUGAUCCAGCCCGUAAAGUAGUACUAACUGAGGAUGCUCAACGUUUUGCCAAACAAAUGAAUAUUGAAUUAUUUGAAACAUCAGCCAAAGAAAAUAUUAAUGUGGAAGAAAUGUUUUACGCCAUAACAAAACAAGUUUUAAAUCAUAAAUUGCAACAAAAUGCACAGAAUGCUCUUCAAAAUAAUGACACAGUUAAUUUAAGGAAACCAAAAAAGCCUAAAACUCGAUGUUGUUAGUUGUAGAAAAAGGUUUUUUUUUUUUUUUUAAAUUUACUAGAAAGAUAAAAAGUUGAAUAAAAAAAAUUGAAAUAGGUAUGCUUUCCUAAAUUAAGAAAAGAAGAAAAUUUUUUUAUCUUUUUCAAUAAUUGUGUAUAAAAAUCAAUUGCCUACCUAACAAAAAUAUAUAUAUGUAUAUAUAUAUUUUUUUUAUAAAUUAUUUAAAGUAUAUAAUGUAAUUGUAUAGAAAAUGCAUUUUUUGU